CUGAGAUAACAUGGAGGAACACGUUUCUCUUGGUACUGAUGAGCAGCCGUUUUAUGAGACUAACUAUCCUAUUCCUGACAGUGGACAUGGACACAGCUAUGGUGGAGCCAGUCAGCCAUUUCAUGGAUAUCCACAUAGUCAGACCUACGAAGGGACGCUCUACACGCCACAAAAUGACAUGCAUGGGUCAAUGGGAACGAUAGACACAGCGAAAACUCACAAUGCCUCAAAUACAUUUGGAGAAGAACCGCCAUUGUUAGAAGAAUUGGGAAUCAAUUUUGAUCACAUAAAAGACAAAACAUUACAAGUUCUCAAUCCUCUGAAAAGAGCUGAUAGUCACAUAAUGGAUGACACAGAUAUGGCAGGCCCAUUAAUCUUUUGUCUGCUGUUUGGCUUUUUGCUGUUAUUGCAUGGGAAGGUUCACUUUGGUUACAUAUAUGGUGUAGGAGUGUUGGGAUGUUUAUCUCUUUAUGCGGUUUUGAAUUUGAUGAGUGUUGGUGGAGUGUCUGCUGGAGUUGUCAUGAGUAUUCUUGGCUACUGCCUACUUCCAAUGGUUAUGUUAUGUGCGCUGACAUUGGUUGUUACGAUAAGGGGCAUUAUUGGAAGUGUACUGGUGUCGUCCGUAAUCGGAUGGUGUAGCAUCUCAGCUAGUAAACUGUUUGUCACAUCUUUGUGUAUGGACUCGCAGCAACCACUUGUCGCAUACCCAUGUGCUUUAAUUUAUGGAGUAUUCGCACUUCUUACUGUUUUCUAGACUGUAACAUUAUAGUAAAAGCUAUUACAGUGCAUCAAGUUCAAUAGAAACGUAUAUCAUAAUUGUAAGUACAA